AUGAAGAGAACGUUUUCGGUUUCAAUUGCAUCGAAAGCGAAGGAAUUUCUCAAUCGUCGUCUUCUUGAGAGAGUUGCUUUAUCUGUUAUCGGGAAGAUUGUGAAGCUUGGCCACGAGCCCGAUGUCGUCACGCUUAGCUCCCUCAUCAAUGGGUUCUGUCAAGAGAACAGAGUUUUCGAUGCAAUAGACUUAGUUGUUCGAAUGGAGGCAAUGGGAUGUAAACCCGAUGUCGUCAUCUACAACACGAUCAUCGAUGGUUUCUGCAAGAACAGAUUGGUGAGCCACGCGUUGGAACUGUUCGAACAAAUGGAUAGAAAUGGAGUUAGACCCGACACAGUUACUUACAACUCGCUCAUCACCGGUCUCUGUAGCUCUGGUCGAUGCAACGACGCUGCUCGGCUUCUAAGGGGGAUGGUAAUGAGCAAUGUCGUCCCUAAUGUCAUCACUUUCACCGCGUUGAUCGAUGCGUCUGUGAAAGAUGGAAACUUUCUUGACGCUAAAGAGCUCUACGAGGAGAUGAUCCGUAGGUCUAUAGCUCCUGACGUCUUCACUUACAACUCGAUGAUCAACGGGCUCUGUAUGCACGACCGUGUAGACGAGGCCAAGAGAAUGCUCGAUUUGAUGGUUAGCAACGAUUGUUUCCCGGACAUAGUGACUUAUAACACUCUCAUAAACGGGUUUUGCAAGUCUAAGAGAGUAGAUGAUGUGAAGAAGCUCUUCACCGAGAUGUCUUGUAGAGGGAUAACUCGAGACACCGUCACUUACAACACGAUAAUCCAAGGCUACUUUCGAGCGGGGAAAAUAGAUGUUGCUCAAGAGAUUUUCAGACGGAUGGAUUCUCCUCACAAUGUAAGGACUUACAGCAUUUUGUUAGAUGGUCUUUGUGAUAACGGGAAGAUAGAGAAAGCCUUGGUUGUGUUCGAGGAUAUGCGAAAGAGCGGGAUGGAUCUUGAUGUUACGACGUAUAAUAUCGUUAUUCACUGGAUGUGUAAGGCUGGUUAUGUGGAAGAUGCUUGGGACUUGUUCUGUAGCCUGUCGUGUAAUGGAGUUGAGCCUGAUGUUGUAUCGUACACUACGAUGAUCUCAGGGUUUCGCAGGAAACGUAUGUGGCAUGAAGCAGAUGAGUUGUAUAGAAAAAUGCAAGAAGAUGGGAUUGUUCCACUGUAA